AUCACUGGGUUCCAUUUUCUGCAGUGACCGCGAGCUCGCGUCUCGGAAAAAAAUAUUCGCAAAACUUGCAAUGAGUGUGAGCAAUCCAGAUCCCAGAGUUCAGAACUCCUGUUCACCAAUAAUAUUUACAUCGGUCGAGAUUGCGACGAGCAGCGAUAACGCCGGCGGUGGUUCUUCGGGCCAUGGAACUCCUUCGGGUGUUUACAUCGAACAAAAAAACAUGAUGGGUCCGCUGGAUAAACCAAAAAGUGCAUCCAACGAACAAAAAGAAGAACUGGUCAAGAUCUUUGAGGAGUACAAUCAGCAACCAAAAACGGAAAGUUCCGAAACGGAUUACAAGGAGAGGCAGCGGUUUUGGAUUGAAGCUACGCAUCGACUGAACAGAGUCCCUGGUGGUACCCUCAAAUCAACUGCGAAAUGGGUGAAAUAUUGGGCAGACGUGAUCAUAAAUCUAAAACGAAAGUGUCGGUUGGUAGUUGAAGGAAGAUCCAAAAAGAUUGGCCCCAAUCAGCUUGAGGUGAGAAUUUUAUCGGCUGCCAACUGCUACGACGUGUUGGAUCAAUGGACAAAAGCACUCGGCACGGACGGGAUGAUGGCCCUCGAGAGCAACGCCUCUACUGAUCAUGAAGAGUACUUCCCAGAUGACAACGGUGUCCAGAAGGAAGAGAUUGUAAUAGAACAUUAUGCCGAUGACCAUCUAGAUGAGGAAUUUGUAACUAGUUUCUCCAAACCUGUCAUCGCUGCGCACAACCAAGAAACAGUGACAGCCGAGCUGGAAAUUCGAAAACCCACCAUAGAAGAACUUAAAAACAUGGCAACGACGGCUGCAAUUACCACCACGGAAUAUGUCGAAAUGACGACUUCUGCAUUGGAGGGAACCAGUGAAUUUCUGAAACCGAAAACCAUCCGACCGACGCAAGAACGAUUGCGUGAAGAUUUAAAACGAACGUCGGAAAAGCUCGAAUCAGUCAUGAAAAAGCGACGACUGGACGAUUCCAAGUUUGCGAUCGCUCAAGCGUUGACCAACAUGUCCGCGGCUAUGUUGCAGCUCUCGAACGGCCUCAACGAUCUGGCAAACGCGCUCACCAACGAUGCAAUGUAAUUAGAUGUAAGCUAUUUGAUCUACCGUAUGUCGCGGUAGUUUUUAUGUGUAAGUGACAAUUGAUAUUGCGGUAAAGUAACGGGGUAGCUUUUGGUGUUCCCACUUGGAAAAUCAAUUACCUAUUAUGUCUUGUGUGCCUGUGUCUUUCGUGUUCCAUUUUAUUGUCAAGAUGAGAAAAAAUGCAUGCGUGCAAAUAUAAUUGUAAAUUAUUAAUUACACAAAAUUAUUCAGGUUAACAGUCAAAGAGAUUUAAGAGAACUUUGACUAUUAUUCCAUUGGGACUCAUAGACGUUAACUGGGCAAACUUCAUUCACAGACUAGUUAGUUGAAUGUUUUAUUUGGGAACAUCGAAACAAAUUGAGGCAUUACUGCAAUUUUGUGGGAUAAAUUGAUUUCAAUGUACUGAAAACCUUUAAGAAGUGAAAACCGAACGUUCCCAGUAUGCAACCAAGUUUGCAUCAAAUUCGUACCAUCCCCUUUUAAAGAUCCAGAAUC